AUGGAUGCGGAUACCCAAGCUCUCGUCGACAGGAGAUCUGGCGAACUGGUUCAAUGGCACAUUUAUUGGACAACACCGGCUCUCAUAGUCGCAUUGUUCAUGGCAGGGUUUGCGGCGGCAGUGGGUCAUCACUUGUUUUACAUGCAUCUCAAUGGGAAGCCGGCCACCGAGCAACUGAAGAUGGUGCGGUAUGGUACGGCCUUGGCUUUCUUUGUGAAAAGCACAUUGGUCGGGACCGUUAUCAUGUGCAACCGUCAGCGCAUAUGGUAUACCUUCCGACGAAAGGCGAUGACGAUCAAUGGUAUUGAUGGUCUGUUUUCUGCAACGGAAGAUCCGACGCAGUUCUUCCUCAACUGGGAGAUGAUCAGAAAUGGCAAGCUUGCUACGCUCAUGGCAGCCUGUACCUGGGAAUCUACGUACGACUUCCGGGACAUGAGUAAAUUCUGGCAGAAGAGCUUGAAUUUCUAUAACACCACUGAGCCAGCCGAAGAGGAAAGGCGAGAUGGAGAUGAAUACUCCGCGGCAACGGGUGGAGGAAACUUCUUCGACUACUACGAUCAGCCGUCCAAGAACGCGCGCCGUUUGGCCUUCAGUAGCGUGUACAUGCAAAAGCCACAGCCCCGCGAAAACGCUUCUACCGUAUUUUGCGGAUCGGGCUGGAAUUGCACAUACACAAUAAGCUUCGUGGGACCCGGCUACCAAUGCGAGGAUGUCGACGAUACUGAUGAAUCCAACGCGCCAUUCGCAUUAUCUGGACUGGCGCCGAACGGAAGCCUUGUCUACAAUGCAGAUGUUGAUCAAGGUGAUUACGGGUAUCAGGAUCCAGUGAAUGGUACAGGGUCUUUAGGCGUAUUCGAGAACGAACCAAACCUCUGGAUCGGUUACGCCAUCAAUACCUCCGAGCCGUACUCGUACGAUGAGGAACCGGAGUACAAGGCCAAAUGGGGAAACGUACAUGAGCCCAAAAUAUUCAAAUGCGUCAUGCAGUACACCAAAUAUACAUUCAACAUGAGCUACAAUCCCAGACAGUCCGCAACCCGCUGGAAACGAGAGUUCCUACGUCCUGUCAUCGGCGACCAUCCUAUCGAGCCCCAGAAAAAUGUCGAAGAAUACAAAGUAACAGCUUCCUUCCAUACUCUGGGUUCACUCCUACGCCGCUUCCUGCGUGGCAAAAUCGAAAAGCAGAAAAUCCUCAUCACCUACUCAGAUUUAUCUGAGACGCGAUUAGUCAACAGCAGCACCUCGUACCCCUUGGUGGAUCUGAAGACAGGACAUCUUAUUAUUCGUGCCAACAGCUUAAUAGAGAUACAAGACCUUUUCGAAGACAUUCUCAUCACUCUACUCAACGACGCAAAUCUAGUCGUGGUACAGACCCAAGAAGUGCCUUGUACAAAGUCACGAACCAUGAUGGUAUACGUGUAUUACAAACGUUCUCUCUGGAUCGGAUACGCAAUUGUUAUCGCAAUCACUUUCGCUUUCAUCCUGGUCGGCGCGUGGUCGCUCCACAUGAACGGGGUAGCAUCCGAUGUGCUCUUCUCUCGCAUUAUGGCUACCACCCGCAAUCCUACGCUGGAUCACUUAAGCGUUGGGGCGUGUUUGGGUGGAGAUCCUUUUCCCAAGGAGCUGGCGAAGACGAAGUUGCGCUUUGGUGUACUCCUUGAGGAUGAUCCUAGGGAGGGACCUUUGGGCAAGGUGGAACAUUGCUGCUUUGGCACUAUGGGCGAGACGAAGGAGAUUGUCAAGGGUGGCACGUAUGCGGGACUCAGGGAGCAUAGGAUCGAUGCAUGA